GUGGUCACUUGUAUAUUUCUCAGGAGUGUAAUAAUCUUGAACCAUAUACGCCAACUUGCAACGGAUGUGCGAAUUAACACAAACUUGGUCUUGGUUCUGGUUUGAGCGAGGUUUUUUUUUACUGGCCGGCCCCGGUGGCAGUCUGGACCAGACUGAAUGCAGCCUUUUGAAAAUGACGGAGGGGCUGUAAUUUGAGAGUAGCACAGAGGUAUUAUUAGUCAAAAACUGAAGCGCGGCACUUGAGACGUCCAGAUGUUGCGUUUGAGGCACCAGGCAGAGUCGGGACUACAGCCACGCCGAGGAAAACUUUUUUUUACUCACCGCUCUCCUGCUCGCCAACGGUGAUGCAAGCUGUCCAGCUGGGUUAAAGAACGAAAAAGAGAAGCCGUGAAACAAUUUCACGCCACUUUUUUGGUUUGUUUGGAGAGGCGGACGCUGAAACUACGGCCAAACUUCAAGUAACUGCGCAGUUUGGAACCUGUUUGCAGAGUUUGCGCUGAAAUGAAAUAGCCUUUAAAACUGCAUUUUAGCAAGUAUUAAAACCUUUUUUUUUUUUUUUCACCCUGCAGCAAGUUUGCAUCAUGGCUUUUGUUCACUUGCUCUUAAGUGCCUGGAUGUUGUUACAGCCAGCGUGCGGAGCUUUUUACCGGGGACCAUUACAUCCGGAGAUGUCUAAUGGCACUUUUCAUCAUUAUUUUGUCCCGGAUGGCGAAUAUGAGGACAACGACGACCCAGAGCAGUGUCAAAUGCUUUUUAAGAUGACCGACGAGCGAAAGUGCAGUCUGGACGAGGACCAAGACUCUGUCAUAAGGGACGACUUCACCCUCGUCAAGCGGCAGAUCGAGGACUCGGCGCGGGUGCUGGAGGGGAUCGGGAAGAGCAUCUCCUACGACCUGGACGGAGAGGACAGCUACGGGAUGUAUCUGCGCAGGGAGACGGCCCAGAUCGGCGAGGCGUUCACAAACUCGGAGAAAUCUCUGCUGGAGCUGGAGGUGAAGUUCAAGCAGAGCCAGGAGAGCGAGCUGAAGGAGGAGCACCGGCUCAGUGACGACUUCCUCACCAUGAUCGUGCACACACGGGACGCCCUGAAGGAGACCCUGGACAUCUCCCUGGGCCUGAAGGACAAACACGAGUUGCUGUCUCUGAUCAUCCGCAGCCACGGAACGAGACUGAGCAGACUGAAGAACGAGUACCUCAAAUUCUAAUAGGAAAAUAAUCCCUUCAAACUUCCCAUUACAUCACUUUAAAUAUUGUUUUUAUUGUGGAGUGUGACCAGGGCCGGAUUUAGGAUAAUGCCGGCCCCUGGGCUAAAUCCUCUUUUGGUGCCUAAUCUCACAUAAUUAAUAAUUUGCUGCAAUUAUUUAGGUAUUGCAAAUGUAUUGUUUUUUUUUUCUUUUCUUAAAAUAUAAAUAUAUUUACAGUAGAUAAUUGGCCAGUGUAGCUUGGAAUGAUUGACAGUUAUAGUUUUCACAGUGAGUGCAAAUAAAUAUGUAGAAAGUAUUCAUUUCAAAGUCCCCAAAUUGGAAAACAAUUUUUAAAUUUGUGUGAAAUGUGUAUACAUUCAAUGCAAAAAUGGGUCCCGCCACUUGUCAGAAUUAGUUUUGCAGUCAGUUUAAUUAAAUAAAUUGUUUUAAAUAUGAAAAAAUAAUAAACUGAAUUAGUAUGUGUAAUUAUGCACCUGAAAGAAAAGUCACUAGUAACUUUGCUGAUAGUAAGAGAGUCUUGGAGAUGAAAAAAUAAUCUGGGCAUACAGCUCUCUUCAUAAGAGUAAUUGAAAAUUGAAAAAUAUUUAUUUUUACUUUACUGAACUGGAUUGUAACCACAAUGAACAAUGAAUUAUUCACAUUUUUAUAAGCUGUCAAGUGCCAUCAUGUUUUGUUUUGGGGGGUUUUCUCAGUAUUUGUAAAUAUUGGGGAUACAAUUUUUUUUUGCCACAUGGAAAAAUCUUAAUGGAUCAAACUACCGGCUAUCCUGGCAAGACAGCCUAACUACCUAGCAGAUCGUAAAUAAUAGUUAGAUGACAAAACAAGAUACAUCCUCAUAUUUCACGUUUAAUUUUAAUUAUCUAAAUUGAAACUAGCUAAUGGUUUGCACACACACAAAAUAUGUAAACACUAAAUGAGACACGGGUAGCUGUAUUUCCCUUGUAUAUUCCCUAGAUGUCAAAUAUUGUCAUGCUGGCAAUGCUGGAUGGAUGGAUGGAUGGAUGGAUGGAUGGAAUUAGAGCUAGAGGCUUUGACUUUCAAAACAUGAGAUUUAAGUAAGUUUUUAAUAUGUUUUGCAGAUUUAUAUAAUACUAGAAUUAAAAUCUGAUCACAUCCCCAGUUUAUAGUGUCUGCACCAUGUCCUGAAUGCCUUGUGCCUGCUUUGGUUUUGCCUUUGAAUAAUCUAUAUUUAGCAGUGAAAUAGCUGACCAUAGUCAGGGAGAAAGAUCCUAUAAAAAAGUAACAAUAUUUGUGUCUCUUUGACCCUCUUGAAGAAUGUUUUUCUGAGAAAAUCAAAGAAUGUUUACAUGUGCAUCGACGCAUCAGUUGUAAUUUUUCUCUGGCUUUGUUUUAUUGGCUUGCAAAUGUUGCACAAUUUUUACUGUCUGAGUGCUAAAGGUUGUGACUUCUGUUUUAAAGUGGGUGGUGCCCCUUGCUGUGCUGUUUUGUACAAGGAGUGUAGUCUUGUAAAAUAUACAGGUUAUUAUUAAAAGUAAAUACUGUGAGUACCUUUAUAACAGAAUACCUUAAUCUGUACUAGUGUUUAUGCAUUUCUUUUUCAACUCAAGGAACACGCAUAUCUGUGUUUAUGUUUUUGGUGUAAUACUUUGACAGACAAGACUGCAGGCAGCACUCAUGUACUUUUGAGUUUAAGGAAUAAUCUGUAUGACAACAUACUUAAUCGACUGUAUUGUGACUUUUAAAAUAAAGUAAUUAAGUACAACGGG